AUGGUAUUUCAUCAAGUGGAUAAUGAUUUUGAUUGUGUUGAUAUCUACAAGCAAGAUGCUUUGCAACAUCCUUUGCUAAAAAAUCACAAAAUUCAGCUUUAUCCAACAUUCGCCAAGAAUGUUGUGCGGAGUAGGCCAUCUUAUGAUGGUGAAUGUCCAGCAAGAAAAGUACCAACUUACAAUAGGACAAGAAAACAUCAAAUUGUUGCUAAUUCGUCUUCGAAAUUACAAUUUGGAGAUCUUCCUAGUCGCUAUCGUGUUCAUCCAGCCUUAUAUGGAGACAGUCAACCACGACUAACUACAAAAUGGACGGGUGGCACUAAUCGUGGUUGUAUCGAUAAGCGUUGUGCUGGUAUCGUCCAAAUAACUCAACGCAAAUCGUAUCUUGGAGAUGUCCAAUCACCCGGUACUCCCAUUGGUUCGGGGGAUACAAAAUCCGUUUUUGAAGUCAAAAUCCAACGGGAUAAAUCCACGGGUAAUUGGUGGUUAACUGUUGAUGGAGUUAUACAAGUUGGAUAUUGGCCAAAAGAAUUAUUUACUCACUUAAGGGAAGGAGCAUCUUUGGUUAGAUUUAUGGGUCAAGUUUGGGCCGAACAGACUAUGUUGUAUCCUCUAAUGGGUAGUGGGAGAUUGCCUAAAGAAGGAUAUGCAAACGCAGCUCUUUUCGAAAAUCUCAUGACUAUUGAUUCAAACUCUUAUCAAAUCGAUGUACUACCUGAAGAUAUGAAACCAUAUAGUGAUAGUAAUCCAAAUUGCUAUGAUUUGUUGUAUUCUGAGUAUUCAGGACCUAGGUAUCGACGCUUUUUUGUUCAUGGUAUUUUGAAGGAUCUGAUUCAUAAGUCUAUGAGUGAGACAAUGGCAAGUUGCAGUCUGAUCAUUGAAGUUCAAGCUAACUCUAUGAAUUUAGAGAAGAGUUUAUCUAUCAUUUUGUAUUGUCAGUGUCUUGCAAUGCUUACUUCUGAUGCUCAGAAUCACUAG